GUUAUUUCAAGAAAUUGAAAAUGUGUUCGCAAAUAUUUGCUCGUUGGAAGAAGAUGAGAGCGCCUAAAAUCGUGCACAUGAGUUCUGUGCUUUUUUUCGUUCUUUGCAUACUACAAGGCGUGUUUCUUUGCAUCUAUCCAUGCAAAUAUCUCGACUACUGUUGGGUGUUUCUAUUCCUCGUAUGUUUUAUUACCGCAUCCUUCAUGGCAAUAUAUCUCCGGUUUCAGAAAACUAUACGCGACCGCUUCAAAUGGAUUCAAGAAAACGGUUAUCAAUGGGAUAUGAAGAGUGCGCUAUGGUGCGUUUGGCUUGUGUAUAGUCUGGGUCUAAUGGUGACCGUUGCCGUAAUUUUCAAUGGCGUGAUAAAAGCUAAUCACGAACAACCAUGCGCUGAUGCAAACGGCAAUUUCUCAGAAAUUUUCAAGGAUGUGAAAUUUUGUCGCACGAAAGAUAAGGAAUUACUUCUGAAGACUGGAAAGAUCUGUGCAUCCAAUGAAACUAGCAAGAUGUUCUGUUGGAAGAGUAGAAAGAUCGGCUUACUUCCAACGGACGAGUUCUUUGGACCGAACAUACUAAAAACAACCUUGUGCGCGACUCCAGUGUUAAUGCUUCUACUCUUGAAAUCUGCCAGAGCUCCGAAACGUGACAAUAAAACGACGCAAUCCCAAGAUCAAACAGGUGGUAAUCAGAACGUCGAACCUGAAGACCCAAUUGAAGACGAAGACCUGAAGGUUUUGUACUUCAGAGCGACUUUGAAUCUCUUCGAUGGAAUAGAAAUGCUUGAAGAACUCUUAGAACAUGGAACACAAGGAAUUGACGUUCCGUUACGCCUUGAAACAGCUAUUUUGGUUUGCGUUUGUCUUUUUUAUUUCCUUUCAUUCCUCGAGCUUCUGCAUUUAGCAUUUCGAUGCAAAGAUGACGAAGCGAAUGGAAACAGCAAUACACAGAACGACGACGAAGAGAGAAGAAAGAAAAUGUGGGGGGUAACUCACGUAGUAAACACGGUUUUUCAAAUCGGCUUGAAUUUAUCAUUCUUUAUCCUACGUAUGAUCAUGUGGCUGUCCUACAAGCGCGAGGCAGCAAUUUUCAUUGCUAAGAAUUUAAUCUCGAUUGUGAUGAAUAUUAUGCCGUUUUUCGUUGCCAAAGGUUGGGUUGAUGUCAAAGAUGAUGAUAAUGAUGGCGACGUUAAAAAGGUGCAUGCAUGAUGAUUUUGACGAUGAUGACGUUGAUCUUGGUGAGACUGAUGAUGGCGAUGAUGAUGAUGAUGAUGGUGGCAACGCUAACCUUAAUGAUAUCGGUGUUAUUAUAUAAUGGUGUGUACCAAGUCUAGAAGUCACAGUAUAGUAAACUAACUUUUUUUUCAAUAUAGUAUGCAUGCUAUUCAUAAAGGUAAUCGUUUUCCCGUACAUAUUAGCCACUACAUACAAUAUAUUACAUAGAUUACAUGUUUACACUAGCUGGACCGGAUAUUCGCGUAAAAGCGUUGGUUCAAAAAAGAUGAACUUUCGAUGGGGAAUUUUGUGAAAUAUUUUGCAAUGAUGGCAACUAUAUUUGUUUGAUUGUCGCGCAUAGAAAAAUAUUUAGCUACUUUGGGAAACCAGCUAUA